AUGUUAGAUUGGCUAGAAUUUUUUCCGUUUGCACUUUGGAACCUGUGGAUCAAUAGAAACAAUAAAAACUUUAACAAUGACAAACAAGAUCUCUCCCUAAGCCUAGUUAUUACCCGUGCACAAGAAUUUAAGCUCCUUACCUACAAUCACUCUAGCCCGACCAACAAAAAGAGCAUAAAGGUUAAAUGGCAUAAGCCAAGGCAAGGUGUUUAUAAAUUUAAUACAGAUGGAGCUUAUAAAGGCAAUGAUAAGAUUGGUGGUUUGGAUGGUAUCAUCCGAAAUUCCACCGGAGAUUGGAUUGUUGGUUUCCAGGAACAUACUCAUGUGCUUAAUCAUACUUACGCCGAACUUCUUGCUUUAAAGCAAGGACUGCAGCUUGCCCAUGAAAGAAAAUUGAAGCCGCUAGAGGUGGAAACAGACUCGGUGGAAGUGGUUAACGCUCCAGCUAGAGAUCCAGAACAUCAGGCACAGUUUUCGCUAAGCAAAUUUAGUAGCCCAUCUCUUGGCAACAGAAAGUACCAAGCUUGCCUAUUUCAGCACUCAAGUGAAAUUUGA